GCCCCGUGUCACCGAUGCCUGAGUACGCUCUAGGAGACGAUGCUCAUGCCCGCUCGAGCGAGCGGGAGUCCAGGGUGCCACGCCCUCCUCCCCAGCCUACGCCUGGCUCUAGAGACCCUGCUGCGGGGUCUCUCCCAGGAAGGGCGCGGACGGCGAAGAGGUCCGCCUUCCUCCUCCGAGAGCACGCCUCAGAAGGGCUGGGGUUCCCACCUGACUCCACCACUAGAGCCCCGCCAGGCUGCUUUCUGAGCCCUGGUUUCCUUUUUACUGUCAAAUACGGCGGAUAAUCCCCGCCCUCUCGUAAGUCUGUCAGGAGCAACUGGAAGACUUCUUAACCACCACAACCAAGGAAGGAUUUGAUAUGAGGCGAGUGGACAUAACUCCUUUAGAACAAAGGAAAUUAACUUUUGAUACCCAUGCAUUGGUUCGGGACUUGGAAACUCAUGGAUUUGACAAAGCACAAGCAGAAACAAUUGUAUCAGCAUUAACCAGUUUAUCGAAUGUCAGCUUGGAUACUAUCUAUAAGGAGAUGGUCACUCAAGCUCAACAGGAAAUAACAGUACAACAGCUAAUGGCUCAUUUGGACGCCAUCAGAAAAGAUAUGGUCAUCCUAGAGAAAAGUGAAUUUGCAAAUCUGAGGGCAGAGAAUGAGAAAAUGAAAAUUGAAUUAGAACAAGUUAAACAACAACUGAUAAAUGAAACUAGUCGAAUCAGAGCAGAUAAUAAACUGGACAUCAACCUAGAAAGGAGCAGAGUAACAGAUAUGUUUACAGAUCAAGAAAAGAAACUUAUGGAAGCAACCACAGAAUUUACCAGAAAGGAUACCAAAAUCAAAAGUAUUAUUUCAGAGACCAGUAAUAAAAUUGACACUGAAAUUGCGUCUUUAAAAACACUAAUGGAAUCCAACAAGCUUGAGACAAUUCGUUAUCUUGCAGCCUCCGUGUUUACUUGCCUGGCAAUAGCACUGGGAUUUUACAGAAUCUGGAAAUAGCAGUGAAAUGACUACAUUAUACCCCUACUGCUGCUGCUGUCGACUUCUUAGAACCUUCACCAGGACAGACUGACUUUGAACAUUGAAAGUUGCAGCAAAACUUAAUACAAGAUUAUUCAAAGUACAUAUAAACUAAAAAGAAAUGUUUUAGAAUGAGA